CAGAGGGCAGAGAGUGUUGGACUUCGGAAUCCACAAGAUUGAUUUAGGGAGGUUUAGAGUUUUUGGAGAGAGAGAAUUGAGAUGGAAAGCAGCAACUUGGAGCAGACUCUGCAGGAUGGGAAGCUCUUCAGACACCUCAAUUCUCUCAUCGUCGCUCAUCUUCGCGACAACAAUCUCAAUCAAGCUGCGAGUGCGGUCGCUUCUGCGACAAUGACACCCUUGAAUGUUGAAGUCCCGGCUAAUAACCUUCUUGAGCUGGUUGCCAAGGGUCUUGCAGUAAAAAAGGAUGAGAUGUUGAGAGGGGUUUCUUCAACUGGAUUAUAUGAUUUGGGUACGUCAAUACCUGCGGUGUACGGUUCUGUUUCUGCUCCUCUUACCGCUGCUGCUAUUGAUUUCAGUCGAGCAGCCCAAAUGAAGGAGGAACAGGGAUUGUAUCAAUUAUCAAUUCUGUGGAGGAUACUAAAGGCGCAUCAAAGAGUAUCCCAAAGCAUGAGCCAAGGCAUCUUUCAGAGCACAAGAUGUGCAAGGUUUAGUCUUGAUGGGAAGUACAUUGCUACUGGAAGUUCUGAUACGUCUAUAAAGCUAUUUGAGGUUGCAAAGAUAAAGCAAAUGAUGCUGCCAGAUGCAAGGGAUGGUCCUGUGCGAACUGUGAUAUGGACAUUUUAUGACCAUGCUCUGCCAAUAAAUGACCUGGAUUUCCAUCCACAAAACACUAUUCUAAUAUCGGGAGCCAAAGAUCAUACAAUUAAGUUCUUUGACUUUUCGAAGAUGACCGCAAAGAGAGCAUUCAGAGUUAUCCAGGAUACCCACAAUGUGCGCUCGGUUUCUUUCCACCCUUCUGGGGAUUUCCUUUUAGCUGGAACUGAUCAUCCAAUUCCUCAUUUGUACGAUGUCAAUACUUUUCAGUGUUACCUAUCAGCGAGUAUUCCGGAGAUCGGUGUUAAUGGAGCAAUAAAUCAGGUCAGGUAUUCAACUACAGGUGGUAUGUAUGUCACUGCUUCUAAAGAUGGUGCGAUUCGUUUAUGGGAUGGUGUAAAUGCCAGUUGCAUACGGUCUAUAGUUGGUGCACAUGGAACAUCAGAGGCCACUAGUGCAAUAUUUACAAAAGAUCAAAGGUUCAUUCUCUCGUGUGGAAAGGAUUCCUCCGUGAAGCUAUGGGAAGUUGGAACUGGAAGAUUGGUCAAGCAAUACCUGGGAGCUACGCAUACACAGUUGCGCUGUCAGGCUGUUUUCAAUCAUACUGAAGAAUUUGUACUAUGCAUAGAUGAGCCUAACAACGAGAUUGUUAUAUGGGAUGCUUUGACAGCAGAGAAGGUUGCAAGGUGGCCUUCCAACCAUAUCGGCGCUCCUCGUUGGCUUGAGCACUCACCAGUAGAGGCAGCAUUUGUUUCCUGUGGAACCGACAAGUCAAUCCGUUAUUGGAAAGAAGCACUCUAAAUCUGCAGAUAAUAGCUUUUCUUAAUUCAUCUUCGAUCUUAGGAUGCAACGGUUUCUUAUGCCUGUAAGCUUUCAAAAUUUUUGGUUUUGUUUCUUUAUCCAUUUUCUGUUUUGUGAGGCAUGUGUUGUUACUUACGAACGCAGAAACCUUUCAAAUUAUUGUCAGCUUUCUUUUUGCAAGUUUUUUUUUAGUUGUUAUUUAUUGAGAACUUAUGACAUUGUGGUGAAUAUAUGCAGAAAAUAUAACUGCAUGUAUAUAUCAUUGUUAUGUUCUGUUCCCAUAUUUUUGGAACUCUCAUCAAACAGAGACGUUGACAUGCUAGGACUUGUAAAAAUAGCUUGUUAAUUGGGCAGGACAAACUUAAAAGGGGAAAAAGAAAAAAGAAGAAAAAAAUU